AUGUCUCUCGCUCCGCCAUCUAGCGUCGCCGCAGCCUCUACCUCCCACUCCUCGGCACCCUCACUGCGUCAUCAAGUAUCUGCAUCCCGAAUAUCUGUCCCCAUCAACCGAUCGAGCUCGUCCGCCGGCCGAGCUUUGCCGCCACAGUCCUUCGGAGCUGCCUCAUACUCAAGCACCCAAACUUCAUCAUUGUCAAGCUCAUCAUCCACGGGAGACCGUCCGCGUAGGCAUCGCCAACGACGAUUGGCGGGCGAGACCAAUGGCGCAGCUUCUGAAGAUGAUAAUCAAAGCGCCUCCACUGGUUCCGGCACAUCAGCGGAUAGCUCCAGCGUCGGAAGUCGAUCGGAUGGCGAGUCGGGCUCAGAGAGAGCUGGUCGUGCUAUCAGACGAUUGCGGGAAGACUCCGAGUCGGAAGAGGAGCCAGAGACGGCAGAAAGAGUGGUGAGCACCUCGUCAGAGUUCGCUUCCAGCUCUGUCGUCGAUGCGCAGGAGCGGCGGAUACCCACAGGACCGCGCGCAUCCCACACCCUUAGCAAGGAUGCUAGCUCCGCUCCGUCCCCCUCUCGCGCCGCACCCAAAACGAAACCCCCUCCGCGGACUCCUCGAGCUGGACCUCAUUGGAAUCAUGACGAUCGCGGGUCGAUGUAUGCGGGAGGCGAGGCGAGAGGGGGCAGGGGCAGAGGAAGAGGCGGACGUGGUGUGAGAGAAAGCUUGGCAAGAGGAGGUUCUACUCGAUACGCACCAGACCAUAGCUCUAAUGCCACUCACCCACGGGAGAUCCUGCAGGCACCGCAACGUGGCUCCCAAUUUCCCAGGAGAGGCAGAGGUACAGGUGGCACGACGAAUGGGACAAGUCCUCUGCACCGCGCUCAGUCUCAGCCUCAGCGUCGAGGUCUACUUGGCUGGAGCGAGUCGGAGCAUUCGGCUUCGGAUUCUGACGAAGGCGCAAGAGUAGAUGAGGAUGCUCUUCGCGGUCGAGCAGUGCGGAACAUUCCAAGCGCGGCGAAGCCUUUGCCCACGUCAAAUCCCUCCCUCGCCAGAUCACCUGCCGUGCAGGAACAUUCGGAUGGUCCAGCUGCGAAGGCUGAGGGGAGCUGGAUUGGGAAGACUCCUCCAACUGCGCCUAGAGCGAUGCGAGCUGCUGCGCCUUCGCCAGCGCCUCCCGCCUCCAACCUCGGCUCAUUUCCUGGCGGAACAAGCUCAGAAGUGACGCCCUCAAUCAGCACCGCUCCUCCGUCGGACGCGCUCGCUACCCUGAGUCUAGCAGCUCCAUCAUCAUUGACAGGAGUGCCAAAAGGACCCAGCGGCAAGUGGGUGCAUGAUGGUUAUGAAUCUUUGUGGGGGCGAGAUCGAGAGCAUACAGGCCACUCACAUCGAGGGAGAGGUAAAGGCACGCGCCGAGGUGCGACACAAGGAAGAUUCAGUGGUCGACCGCAAGCCAUACCGCGGGUCAACCUGCCACCUGGCUCAGACACGCAACACCAGAGUGAACAGCAGGACCUGCUCGACAAAAGUCAGCCGAGCAGCCUUGUCAAUGGCUCUCCACUUGCUUCUGCUGUCGCACAGCUUCCGCCCGGCUUCGUCGUGGAUGCUGCAGGCACCGUCUACGACCUCAACCAGACACCCCCGAUGUCCGUUGGAACUUUGCCGGAGUUGAGCGCAAAUCGUUCAGACACAUCUGCUCAACAUGGGACAGGCCGCGCUCGCAUUCAAGGGACUGGCGCUUCACCAUCAGCUGCUGUUCGUUCCCGGCACGAGCGGUCUAGCAGCGCGGCGAUCUUCGCUAAUGCUGCCAGAAGCGCCACUUUUAGCCCAUCGAUACACAAGUUGUCGAAUGCUGCGGCCGUCGCUCAGCCUGCAACUCCUCAGCCGCCAGCUACGAACGGUGCUUAUCGUCAGCAUGUAUCUCACCCUCGAUCUACCGCUUCUUUGUUCCAAAAUUUGCACGGAGUAGAAGUCAGUCCAGGUCCAUCUUCGCCCUACAUCUAUAGCCCGGCGCACGAGUCAGAGCUCUACAAUCCAUCCUACGACGUGGGCAGCGUAUCGCACUUCGUGCCUUCGGAUGGCGCGCACUACUAUCUCCCACCGGCAUAUCCCCAGCAUGGUGCAACGCAUUACUUUCAGCAAGCGUACGGUGCAUCUCCUGCUGUCUGGACCGCUGAUGAGUAUUGA